AUGGCCUCCAGCACUAUCAAACGUAAAGAAACAAAACCUGGAGACAUAGAUGAGCUGAGCCCCUUCAAGAGACUUCGUAUUUAUGCCCCCGAAAAAGAUAAAAAGGAAGCUGAACAGAGUAAAAAAUUCAACAGUCAGACUGAAAAAGCUUUUAGAAAACAAGGUCAACUUAAACUGUCCAUUUAUAUGAACUGUGGAAUGCUGACAAUUAAUGUGCUGCGUGCCCGAAAUCUCAGAUCGAAAUGGAAGUCUCAGUGUGAUUCUUUUGUCAAGAUUUCACUGGUCCCUGAUGAACAAAUGCGUACGAAAUGCAAGACAAAAGUAAUUUUGGAUUCAAACAAUCCAGCCUACGAUGAUAAGUUUUCCUUUGAGCUGCUUCAAGAAGACAUUAAUAAACGCCUUUUCAUUUCUGUGUGGCAUAAAGAUCAGACUAACUGUUUAAACGACCAUUUGGGAUGCAUGUCAUUUGGCAUUUUACACUUAAUAAAACCAAACAAGCGUGUGGAGGGUUGGUAUCAUCUCCUGAAUGAGAAGACUGGUCCCAAAAAACAUUUGUUAGUUGCAGGGAAGCAGACCCCUGUCCUGCAAAGAAGAGGAUUGCAUGGCAUUCCUUUGAUAAAUAAGGAUUUAUGGGGGAUGGAGUCAGUGAUUGUUUCAAUUGAGAGGGGAAAACGAGGUUAUGGUUUUUCAGUGAUUGAUGCUUGUCCCGUGCGUAUAAGCAGAGUUGAUGGAGCCUCUCCAGCUUCAUCCGCUGGCCUUAAAGUAGACGAUAGGAUUGUUCGGGUGAAUGGGAAAAACGUGUCUCGAUCUGGAUCAAUGAGUGUUGCUAAACUGUCUUUUUAUUAUCUAUCUACCUAUCCAUCUAUCUACCUAGGCCUUUUCAUUUCUCUCUCUAUCUAUCUAUCUAAGCUGUUAUCUAUCUUCAUCAUUCUUUCUAUCUAUUUAUGUAUCUAUCUCAUUUUGAUAUGUAUCUAUCUAGCUAUCUAUGUUCAUUUCUUUCUCUCUCUCUAUUCUUUUUGUUAUCUGUCUACCCACCUACCUAUCUAUCUAUCUAUAGCUGUUCAUUUCUUUCUCUUUUUCUCUUUCUAUUUAUCUCAGUCUUUUAAUUAUCUAUCUAUCUAUCUAUCUAUCUCAUCAUCACUCUAUCAAUUUAUGUAUGUAUCUCACUCAUUUUGUUAUCUAUCUAUCUAUGUUCAUUUCUUUCUCUUUCUAUCUAUGUAUCUAUCUCAUCUCAGUCUUUUAUCUAUCUAUCUAUCUAUCUAUCUAUCUAUCUAUCUAUCUAUCUAUCUAUCUAUCUAUCUUUUAGUCAUUACUCUAUCUAUCUAUUUAUGUAUCUCUCAUUCUUUUUGUUAUCUAUCUAUCUAUCUAUCUAUCUAUCUAUCUAUCUAUCUAUCUAUCUAA